UGCCCCCGGACAUAGUUUACGACGACACGAGCGGCGAUUUGUCGGUGUCGGAGGGUGAGAACGCAACCCUCUGGUGUCGUGCAACAGGACACCCUCCACCUCGCAUCACGUGGCGCAGAGAAGACGGCCAGUCUAUACUUUUACGCCGCGGGACACGGGACGCUAUCAAAGUGGACACGUACAACGGAAGCAACUUGUACUUCUGGCGUCUGGACAGAAAACAAAUGGGAGCGUAUCUUUGCAUAGCCAGCAACGAUGUUCCACCUGCAGUCAGCAAGAGAAUUGCUCUGAACGUCAACUUUGCUCCAGUUAUCAAAGUGCCGAACCAACUUCUCGGCGCACCCCUGAACACGGACGUGCAGCUGGAGUGUUACGUAGAGGCAUUCCCGAACACCAUCAACUAUUGGGUCAAAAACCGUGGAGAGAUGCUGCUCAAUGGGUAA